AUGUCUAAUAACUAUGACAAUUGGGAAAGACUUGUGGACGCCGUGCUGCGGAGAGAACAUGACCGGGAACUUGCUUUAGCUCAUUCCAGGGAUCCAAGUUUCAGCUCUAGUAUCAUAUCGGAUCCCGGUACUCCAAUUCGUGACAAUCAGAAUAUUCAACUUGGAUCUUCUUCUGAUACAGUAAAUGAAACGGAUUGGGAGAGAUUGCUUCUAUCUGAUUAUGAGGACAUCAUCUCCAGAUCUGCGGAUCCUGCGGCCUACGCAACCAUGAAAGACCUCUAUUUGAGUCUCUGUGACUCUCCAAUUUUCUUUGAUGGAGGCAAAAUGAGCUUUCAUAUUGAUAAAACAACUGGGAAGAAAUGUGCUAUGAUUGGAGCAAGAAAACUCAAAAUUUUAUGGGGUGAAAUCCCAGAAUUCUGGAAGUGGACAUCUCACGACAAGUCCAGAUUCUUAACGGUGGCAGAGCUUAAUCAAGUUUUGAGGUUUGAUAUUCGAGGACAAAUAGAUGCAAAUAUGCUGUCCCCAAAGACUCGCUAUGCAGCUUAUCUUGUAUAUGGAUUUGCGAAUUCUUACGACGGUAGUCCCUCGUUAGUAAAUGCAAUUAUCAGUUUUGAUAAAAUUAAAGAUGGCGAAGCUCACAAGCAAGCUAGUGUUUUGCACCUCAUACCAGGAAAAGAUAGAAAUGGGAAUACUGCAAUGAGACCCGACAAGUGGAUGGAGGUAGAAAUUGGAGACUUCUAUACUGAUCAAGAAGAUAACAGUGUGGUGGAGGCGCGAGUAUGGGAGCAUAAACAAGAUUUGAAGUCCGGCCUCAUUGUAGAAGGCAUUGAAUUUCGGCCACCCAAUGCUAACAUUCUUGGGGCUGAAGCUGCUAUGCUAGAGUACUUAUCCUUAUUUGGACUGUACUUUGAAAACAAAAGUUAUGUAAAUGAUAGGAGAGAAGAUGUUGAAAGUGGAUACAUAUGUUCAUCUAAAGAAACUAUUAAGUGA